GUCCUAAGCUUUUGAGAAGGGCUAUGGCCAUUGUUUCGGUCCUAGUCUUUCUUCCCUUCCUCUUAGUCUGAUUAAUUUUACCACCGUCGUACAGAUUUUUUUUUAAAAAAAGGACGGCAAGAUGGCUGAGAUGGGCAAGGGAGUCACCGCAGGGAAAAUAGCCAGCAACAUGCAGAAGAAGCUGACCAGGGCCCAAGAGAAGGUCCUCCAGAAACUUGGCAAAGCUGAUGAAACAAAAGAUGAGCAGUUUGAACAGUGUGUGCAAAACUUUAACAAACAGCUGUCAGAAGGAACCAAGCUACAGAAGGAUCUCCGGACAUACCUGACUUCAAUUAAAGCAAUGCAUGAAGCCUCCAGGAAACUUGCAGAGUGUUUGCAAGAAGUAUAUGAACCGGAUUGGCCAGGAAGGGAUGACACUAACAAAAUAGUAGAGAACAAUGAUCUGCUUUGGAUAGACUUUCAUCAGAAACUGGUAGAUCAAGCACUGCUCACUAUGGACACCUAUCUUGGCCAGUUCCCAGACAUAAAGUCUCGCAUUGCUAAACGGGGAAGGAAACUUGUAGACUAUGACAGUGCCAGGCACCAUUAUGAAUCUCUUCAAACUGCAAAGAAGAAAGAUGAAGCUAAAAUUGCCAAGCCUGUCUCGUUGCUUGAGAAAGCUGCGCCUCAGUGGUGCCAAGGGAAGCUACAAGCGCAUCUCGUAGCUCAGACUAACCUGCUGCGGAAUCAGGCUGAAGAAGAAUUAGUAAAAGCCCAGAAAGUAUUUGAGGAGAUGAACAUUGAUCUUCAGGAAGAACUGCCUUCACUAUGGAAUAGCCGUGUUGGUUUCUAUGUCAACACAUUCCAGAAUAUUGCUGGCUUAGAAGAGAAUUUUCAUAAGGAAAUGAGCAAGUUAAACCAAAACCUGAGUGAUGUCCUUGUGACUCUAGAGAAAGAACAUGCAACAUGCACCUAUCCCAUUAAAGCUCAGCCAAGAAAGAAAACUAAACUCUUCUCCAGGCUGAGGAAAACGAUGAGCAGUGACAGCACAAAAGCAAACAAACCUCCUUCAUCUCCACCUGAUGGGACUCCCAUCACCAGUCCUGAGAUCAAGGCCGUCAACCAUGAACCAGAGCCAUCCACUUUGGAAACUCCUGGGGGAGGCAUUCCCAAGUCUCCUUCUCAGUUGAGGAAGGGUCCUCCUGUGCCGCCACCUCCAAAACUCACUCCAUCCAAGGAGAUGAAGCAGGAGAACAUCAUCAACCUGUUUGAUGACAAUUUUGUCCCAGAGAUCAGUGUGACAACCCCCUCACAGUUUGAUGCCCCUGGGUCCUUCCAAGAGGGAGCCAGCCUAUUGGAUCUGGAUUUUGAUCCCAUUAAACCAAAUAACAGCCUUGUAGGGAAGUCGCCCACGCCUGCUACCCAGUCCUUGCCUUGGGAUUUAUGGGAGCCUGAAAAAACUCCCUCUAGCAGUGUGCAAUCUGUGGAUCAGUUUCCUGCCGAUAAUCCUAGCAAUAGUGCAUUUGUGGUAGACUGGCCAGAUCAGCCCACUCAGGUUAUCAGCCAAUCUACAGAAGCCACUCCUGCUGAGGCUGAGGGAGCUGGCAAAGAAGGAGCAGCUGGAGCUGAAGCAGCAGCUAAAACCGAAACUGAUCCAGGAUCUGCCUCAAGUUCUCUGCCCACUGUAGUUGUGGAGACUUUCCCAGCUGCCGUCAAUGGAACAGAUGAGAGUGGAGCCCUCUCCGAGAGGCCUGACAUGCCACCAGGGUUCCUCUUCAAGGUACAAGCCAUGCAUGACUACGCAGCUACUGACAGUGAUGAAUUGCAGCUGAAGGCUGGAGAUGUUGUGCUGGUGAUUCCAUUUGACAAUCCAGAGGAGCAGGAUGAAGGAUGGCUGAUGGGUGUGAAAGAAUCUGAUUGGCUUCAGCACAAAGAAUUUGACCAAUGCCGGGGAGUUUUCCCAGAGAAUUUCACUGAGCGCGUGCAGUGAGCUGUUGCAGCUCUGUAGACAGCUUCUCUUCCACAAGGAAGCAAGAGGUGUUUUCUCCCCCUCCUCCUCAGGAAGGUCUAAAAAAAAGUAAUUGGAAGAAUGUUUUUUUAAAGCAGCAUAAAGGUUGGAUUCUUCAUAGAAAACAAUGUUUUAGAAGUACACUGAAUCAAAGUAUUAUCAAAGAUAUAGAUAAUAAAGAAAGACAGGUUGGAAAAAAUCCUUUUUCUGUUUGAGUUGAAUAAGGUCAAUUCAGAAGGUUGUCACUGAGUGGUGGAGCGAUGUCGUGUGAAAUAGGAUGUGCUCAGCAUCGUAAGGUGUGGAUAUGAGCAGUUGUGUUGUCCUGAAACUACACAAUAAAGCUUAUCUUGUGGGAAGGCACAGUCAA